GUAAUUUGUUUUCCCUUACAGCCGUUCGGGUAAAAUGGAAUCCCUUUUUGCGGGAACUGGAAGACCGCUUCUUCAUAUCCAAAAGACUCCCAUAAAUGAACUUUACUCGGUGACGGACACGGUUCUAGGUUUGGGAAUAAAUGGAAAAGUAGUGGAAUGCAUUCAAAGGAAGACAAAUCAGAAAUACGCCCUGAAGAUUUUGAGAGAUAGCCCUAAAUCGAGGCGGGAAAUUGAUCUUCAUUGGAGAGCUUCGGGAUGUCGCCAUAUUGUUCCCAUCAUCGACGUGUUCGAGAAUGUGUACAAGGAUCAGAAGUGCUUACUCAUGGUUAUGGAAUGCAUGGAAGGCGGAGAACUGUUCCAACGUAUUCAAGAGCGCGAAGGAGCAUUUACGGAACGAGAAGCUGCUGAAAUCAUGUACGAUAUAUGCAUUGCUGUGAAGCACCUCCACAGCAUGAACAUCGCUCACAGAGACUUGAAGCCAGAAAAUUUGCUUUAUUCUAAUAAAAGCGUUACUGGAGUGUUGAAGCUUACUGAUUUCGGAUUUGCCAAAGAAACUUUUUCAAAGGAUUCUCUUGCCACGCCGUGCUAUACUCCAUACUAUGUUGCCCCGGAAGUUCUGGGAACGGAGAAAUACGAUAAAAGUUGCGACAUGUGGUCACUAGGUGUGAUAAUGUACAUCCUGUUGUGCGGAUUCCCUCCCUUUUACAGCAACCACGGUCUAGCCAUUAGUCCAGGAAUGAAAAAGCGGAUCCGUGCGGGUCAAUACGACUUUCCCAAUCCCGAAUGGCGUGAUGUUAGCAACGACGCUAAGGACCUAAUCCGCGGACUGCUCAAUACCGACCCAGAGAAGCGUUUUAGCAUCGAAUCCGUGAUGAACAACCUGUGGAUUUCGAAAUACAUGGAGGUACCUAUGACGCCGCUUUGCACAGCACGUGUGCUGAAAGAGGAAGUCGCACAGUGGCCCGAGGUUCAAGACGAAAUGACUCGUUCGCUGGCCACCAUGCGAGUGGAUUACGAUCAGAUCCACCUGAAAAACCUGGACAAAACCAACAACCCGCUUUUGCAAAAGCGUAAGCGCAAAGAAGAUGCCGUGAUGGUAAAGUGAAAGUUCUUUUGAAGUGAACGUUGCUGUACUUCGCGCAAGCUCGGAACGUUCUUUUGCGACCAUGUUUUGAGUAAGUUAAAUUUCCUGUGAGCCGGAUCGACCACCCCGACCUGAGUGAAUGCAGCCCGCCCGAUUUCCGCGUUUUAGCCACGGAAUCGUAUCCUUGAUCCGGGCUGUAUUCUUUUUCUCAUGCCUUUGGCUCACGUGUUUCGAGGUCAGGUCGUGAAGUCUCCAGUUCCUCUCCGUCUUCUUAACGAAUGAAGUACGAACUGAAUCGAGUAUUGUUUUAUUCAUCGAAUGAGUAGUGGAGGAAUUUUUUUUGUAGUCUUCUAACUGAGCCUUUGUGUGCGGAUUUUUACAACCGUGACCCACAUUGAACUGGACUAAAAGGAAUGACGAGCUUCGAUUUUGCUCAAGCGUAAAUCUUUCAGGUUUCAUUUAUUCAUGACGGUUUUUGUAAAGUGACCAUUUGUCGUAAGUUUCUGUUCGCCAUUCCGCUGAAAUCAGCUGUGGUCUUAAUUUGUCCGGACUGACGAGGAAGGAAAUUGACUUCAGUGGAGGAAUAUUACUACUUUUUCGUCCGUAUUCGGUGAUACGCGAGGUAUUGUACAGUUUGCAGUUUACGUGUUUAUUUGUGUUUAUUAGUGUCUCAAGGAGUUGACCUUCUACCGCGAAUGUUUCGAUUUCUGUGUAUGAUACGCUUUUGAUUCUUUUUUAAGACGGAGGAAGAUCCCAGGAUCGUUAAAACAGGGUACAGUACUUGCACUCAAGCUUAAACUAUUUACUAUGACUGGGGUAACUUGCAUAUUUGCGAAAUGACAGGCUGUGAUCCACAAGGAACUUGCUGGUAGAUAUUCCUUUUAGACGUGAUCCAGUGCUUCGAGUAAUGACGUAGUCAUUUUGAAACUUGGUGCUUCUUCCAAAUCAUGCCUUGAUUUUUUCCCCAAUGUUUGGCUUAAGCGUGUCUAAGCCAUGCUGCAUCUUGGACUGGGGAAGGAAGUUGGGCUAUGAACGUGUCGAAGUGAGGCAGACAGUUUGGGAUAAUUGAAAGGAACGACAAUUUUUCGUUUGAUCGACUUUGGUCACAUUUAUAAACGUUUUCUAACUUCACCCAACUGCAAUGGUAGUCAGUUCAGGAUAACGCGAAUGGAAAUACUGUAUCUAGGUUUUCGGGGGCUCAAACCCAAUGAGUAUUUUAUUGUCCGAGUCGAAAACUUGUGCGAGGGCUGCGAGUAAUCCUAAGAAAACGUGCGAAAAUCUUUAAACCCGUCCUCCAACAGUCCAACUUCUACUACAGCACUCCAAUACUGUUCGCUGAAGUUAAUUUUAAUAAAAAAUUUCGCGAUUUCCCGUCAUUAAACCAUCAUUUUUCCUUUUUAUUCUGUUCUUGCUUCAGAUGUCUGCUUCCUGAAGUGGAACAUUCCCGACGAACAGCUCAGGAAUGAUUCCCCCCCCCCCUUUCAUGACCAGUUCCGCUUGAAAUCUAACGUUUCUAAGAAUUUUGACGGGUCUGAUGUUACUGGAACACUUCGAACACGCGGUAUGAGGUCCAAAAGAUUCUCGCACAUUGAAAAAGAUUCAAUGGAAAGAGAAGACCGUACAGUUUUCACUUGGACUGGCUAACAGCCCCGUCCCUGGUCCCAGUAAAAGGAAGACCCAAGGCCCGAUUUGAAAAAGAACCGAAACCUCAACUGCCGACGUUGUUGGUUUUCUUAUUUUUUUUUUCAACUGGCUUUUUGCAUUCAGCGUAGAACUUGUGUAUUUUAAUUUUUUUUGGUCAUCAGUUGUGCUAAUUUGUGGUGAACCUGGAGAAAAUCAAGCAGUUGCAAAUAAAGAAAUCUUGUAUUGUAUAUGUAUAGGACCAGAUAAUUUUCUAAACAUUACUGGAUAAAAUGCUGGUGAAUUGGA